AUGGAAACCGAUGGUGAAGAGCAUGCUUCAAAAUUGCUUCGAGCUCAAACCCAUGUUUGGAAUUAUAUCUUGAAAUUCAUAAACUCUUUGUCUCUUAAGUAUGCUAUUGAGAUGAGCAUACCAAAUAUCAUACACAACUAUGGCCAACCUAUGCCACUCUCACAACUCAUUGCUUCAUUACCACUCCACCCAUCCAAGACUUCCUUUAUCACCCGCUUGAUGAAAAUUUUGACUCAUUCUGGUUUCUUCUCUGAGCACCAUGCCACCCCAAAUCAGCCUGAAGUCAUGUAUCUGAUAACUGAUGCAUCUAUAUUACUCCUAAAGGACCACCCCUUUAGUAUGAAACCUUUGACGCAAUUAAUAUUUAAUCCAGUUAUGAUUAAUCCAUGGUUUCAAUUCUCUACCUGGUUCACAAAUGAAAACCCUUCACCGUUUCACAGUGAAAAUGGUAUGGGAUUCUGGGAUUUUGCUGGACGUGAGCCUAAUUUCAAUGAAGUCAUGGCUAUGGACAGUCGAUUGGUUUCCACUGUGGCGAUUGAGAAGUAUAAGAGAUUGUUCGAGGGAAUAGAAUCAUUGGUUGAUGUUGGAGGAGGAACAGGGACUAUGGCUAAGGUCAUUGUUGAGUCCUUCCCACAGGUAAAGUGCAUUGUAUUUGAUCUGCCACAUGUUGUUACAGGCUUGGAAGAAACUCAGAACAUAAAAUAUGUCGGAGGAGACAUGUUAGAAGCAAUUCCUCCGGCUGAUUCCGUUAUGUUGAAGUGGGUAUUGCACGACUGGAAGGACAAGGAAUGUGUGAAAAUACUGAAAAAUUGCAAGGAGGCAAUAGCUAGCGAAGGAAGGGUUCUUAUCAUAGACAUUGUGAUGGAGAAUAAGAAGGAAGACCAUGAAUUAACUGAGACGCAGUUUUUCUUCGAUAUGCAGAUGAUGAUGUUGUUCGCCGGAAAAGAAAGAUACGAGAAAGAGUGGGCCAACCUCAUUUUCUCUGCUGGUUUCAGUGACUACAAGAUUACUCACUCUCGGAUUAGUGUCUAUUAUUGA